AUGCGCCACUGGUUGACAACACAUUGUUGUCGUCUAUGUGGAAAGUUGAUCAUCUCACAUGCUGCCCUGGUCCGCCAUGUCAGGAAUCGUCAUAGCUCCUUUCGUGCACAGCUGCAGGAGGACUGGGAUGUGCAAUCUCGUCGGUGGAUUAGCUCACUUCCAUGCGAUGCUUGUGGUGCCCGACCUGUUUUGGGCUUUGAGCCUUUGCAGCUGGAUCAUAUGUGUCAGCUUGAGCUCAACGUGCGCCUUGGCAUGCAUUAUUACCAGGCUGACUUGCUACCUCGUCGCACCGGCUCAGCUGAUGCUCUGAUCCUGGCAGCCGCUGCCCCAGUGGAUGCUACGCCUGAGGAUUUGGUGCCCCCUGACAGAGACGGCCUUGGGGAGUGGCUCCCAACCCAUUUGCUGGCCGAUGCUCAAAGUGACGCAAUGGCCGAAGGAAAGCCACAGAGAAUGGGAAGCGCUUUGUCCAAACAGAAGAAGGCUCAAUGGCAAGCAGCCCUUCUGAUUUUGGACGGGCCAAGCUUCCCGGAUAUCUCCACAUGCAAGGUUACAGCUCAGACCUUCGCGCAAAACCGCAGAUGGAGAGAGCUCAUUCUACUACUCGAGCAGAUGUCACAGCGGAGUUUACAGAUUGAUGUGGUGACUGCAACCAGGUUAGUGAAGUCCUGUGGCCAGGCUCAGAGCUGGGAAGCAGCUGUUUGGAUUUUCGAUUUGCUACAGCACCUUCGAACAGCGGAUGCAGUGCUACGAGGUGCAGCAGAGCUGAACCUCCUUCGCACCGCAGUGUCAUAUGGUGCAGCGAUUGCAGCAUGCAGACGAGCCUCCGACUGGGAAAGCGCACUGUACCUUUUGUCUAGCACGGAGCCCAACCAGAUCAUUUACAGCUCCGCCAUGGAAGCGCUUCUGAUUGCCCAGCGGUGGCAGUUGGCUUUGCUUCUAUGGAACGAUGUUCAGAGGUCAGGAGAAAGGGCGGAUGCUGCGCUGUUGAGCACGGCAAUGAGCGCAUGGGCACAGGGAGGUGGCUGGCCACAUGCGGUUGGGUUGCUCGGGGAGCUGCAACGAUUGUCAAUGGCUGACGGCAUGGCAUACACGAAUGCCAUCAGUGCUUGUGAAGCAACUGGAAGCUGGGAGGUUGCCUUGCAGCUUUUGGAGCAGAUGGAAACUACAAGUUUCAUGGACACUUCAGCCGUGUACUACAAGUUGUGGGCGAGCACAGCCAACUGGACACAGCGUAGCCAGUACGGCUGGUACCAGGUGUGGUCUCGCUUUGCACCUUGGACUUUCUAUGUGGCCGCGCCAACUGCUGCCUGGUACAGCUUUGGCUGGUGGAGCGAUGAGUGGAAGAAAAUCUUGACUCUCGGCAUUUACGAGCCUCCUUCCAUCCACUGGGACUACUGCAUGAGUGACUCUGGCAUGCGAUCCCACUUCGUCAAGUACCAUGCGCAGUACGCCGGCAUCCCAUACAAGUGA